GUACACGUGUACAUCACCGGCCUCGACGAUGCCGGUCAGGUAAUUAUGAUGAACACCGCGUUGCAACUUGAAGUUCUAACCACGUCCUCCUCUUCCCCCCAAACCCUUUCCAACGCCGACUUUGCCAUUCCAUUACCGAGCGAGCUAACAAUCCCAGGCUACAUUUCCAGCUGCCGCAUCUGGUUUGCAGUAGGCUACCUCAACUUCUCCGUCGUCGCCACCGCCGACGGCGCGGGCCUCGUCGCUCCCACAUCUGUCAACCCGACCGAUCCAAGCCACGAUGUGAACUGGGGCUUCGUGGAACUGACGUACACCUCCGACGGCCUCUGGGCAGACAUUUCCUAUGUUGACUUCGUGGGCUUGCCGCUCGGACUCUCCAUGACGCCCGUUUCAGGGCCAGUGCAGUCCGCUCCAGGCCUCCCAGCCAAUGGCGUGCAGGAAGUGUGCAGCAAGCUCCAAGCGCAGGCCGCCAGCGACGGACAACCGUGGGAUCAGUUGUGCAUCAACGACUCCAGCGGGAAUCUAAUCCGCGUUAACUCGCCCGGCAGCUUGCUCCCUUCCAACCCCGACGCAUUCGAGGAUCUGUUCACCGCCUACUCCAAUUCUGUCUGGAGCUACUACAGCACCAACACGCUGUACUUUAACACGCAAAACUCCAACGGCAACGUCUCUUGCACCGUGCAAGGCGGCGAGCUGACUUGCGAAGGAGACAAUAGAGGGUAUGCACAACCGACUGCUGCUGACAUUUUUAGUUGCGCCUCCGGGCCGUUCGAGAUUCUAAGUGGCGACAACGAUAUCCAUCUCGCAGUCGUGCCGAGACUAUGCGCCGCCUUCAACCGCGCCACCUUCCUCCUCCCCGGAGGCAACUACCAACCCAACCUCCCUCCCUCCUCAUACUACACCGUGCAGCCCAACAACGAGUACAGCGCGAUGGUGCACGAAGUGGAGAUUGACGGCAAGGGCUACGCCUUCCCCUACGACGACGUCACGCCCAGCGAAGGCGAUGAUGUGGCGGGCUUUGUGGCCGCGGCGGACCCGUCGAGUAUGACUGUUAUCCUUGGAGGG